UUAUCUCACCUUAAGAUGCAUCUCGCGCAGAAAUGAUUGGACUGAGAGCGCACUCCGAGGAGGCAUAAUGAGAUGGUGAUGAAUCAGAAUUGGAACUGAGAGCCGAAGCAGGAGAGAGAAAGGCUGGAGAGACUAAGAGUACAUGUGGUGGAGAGCGAGCGGAGCCCACCAGCUCAGAGAGGCGGAGGAGAGGAGCAGCAAUCUGCAGCUCAAGCAUCUGAGGACGCUGGGAGACAUGGCUGCUGAUGGACAGGAGGGAGCAGAAAAUCCUGGAGCCUCACACUCUGGAGAACAGAUGGAGUUGGACACCUCAUGUUUGGUCCAUCUUCAUCAUCGCUGUGGCUGAGCCUGGAGGACAUCAUCGCCCCUGCGGCUGCAGACACACGGUUUCCAUAAUCUAGGUCACAGGGAAGGGGAACAUGAUGCAUCCUGAGGAGAACCGUCUGCAGGAACCUUCAGAGUUCUGAGUGCUGCAAAUAAAAACCGAGAGGUCAAACAGAGCCGGCAAACUCAAAGACUCUUCAUGGCCUCAAAUGUCAGACGGUGCACUCUGAGUCAGCAGAAGGCAUGAUUUAUAUGCAGAACAUUCAAGGGGAAUUUGGCAUCGACUACUCAUCAAAGCCAACUAUGGAUUUUAAUGGCACCAGGGAUUAUGAGGUCUCGCCUGCAGGACUCCCACAGAACAUGAGCUUGGACUAUGAGGACGGCUACCAUGAGGAGAAUGCCAGCAAAAUUAUCAUCCCGUCCAUCUAUGCUUUGGUCUGCUGUUUAGGUCUCACCGGUAAUGCCAUGGUCAUCUACGUGAUUCUGAAGUACGCCAAAAUGAAAACUGCCACAAACAUCUACAUUCUGAACUUGGCUAUUGCUGACGAGUUGUUCAUGUUGAGCGUUCCUUUCCUGGCGACAUCGGCCGCCAUUCGGCACUGGCCCUUUGGCUCGGUCAUGUGCAGACUGGUGCUGAGUGUAGAUGGUAUUAAUAUGUUCACGUCCAUCUUUUGCCUGACUGUGCUAAGUGUUGACCGUUACGUAGCAGUGGUCCAUCCAAUCAAAGCUGCCCGCUAUCGCAGACCAACUGUAGCCAAAGUAGUGAAUGUGUGUGUCUGGGGGCUUUCUUUUAUCGUCAUCCUGCCCAUCAUUAUCUUUGCAGACACCGUCCCUGCAGAGGACGGUGGAGUGGACUGCAACUUCUUGUGGCCUGAGGCAUUCUGGUCAGAAGCUUUUGUGGUGUACACCUUCCUGUUGGGCUUCCUUUUGCCGGUUGGAGCCAUCUGCUUUUGCUAUUGUUUGAUAGUGGCCAGGAUGCGCGCAGUGGGCCUUAAAGCCGGCUGGCUCCAGCGACGACGAUCGGAGAAGAAGAUAACCCGUAUGGUGCUUCUGGUUGUUGCAGUGUUUGUUCUCUGCUGGAUGCCUUUCUACAUCGUCCAGCUGGUUAGCGUUUUCCACCGUCCGCCCAAUCCGAUGGUCACACAGCUCUUUGUCAUCCUUAGCUAUGCCAACAGUGGUGCUAAUCCUAUUCUCUAUGGCUUUGUGUCUGAAAAUUUCCGGCGUUCUUUCCAGCGAAUUGUGUGUUUUCGGUGGCUGGAGCCUGGGCUGGAUGAAGAGCAGGUGGACUAUUGUGCUGUUGCCUUGAAGAGGAAGACUACACGCAACCACCUGGAGAUACCCAAGGACUACAUGGCUUCGGAUGUGCUGUUUCGCAAUGGGACAUACACCUCCCGGACAACUACACUGUAACGUUCAACCAAACCUCAUGAAAGAUGUUUCUAAUUGGACCGUUGAUAGUACAGAUGGAAAGUACUAGCAACUGUUGUGUUUUUUUUUGUUGCUCUUCAAUCAUUCAAAGGAUAACAGUCAAAACAUAAAGAUAAAAAAGAUUCUGAGGCUUAAGAAAUCCACAGCUGCUUUUUUAUUAAGGAAGUGACUUUACGUGAAUAACUGGAAUCUCUGCAAUGAAAGUCGUUUUUUGUGUGAAAACUUCCAACAAAAAAUUAUUCUUCAAGUUUAUGAUUGAUGAUAUGUUUUUAUCGAUGUGCACAGAGAUGUUUUAAUUUGGAGUAUCUUUUGUUUAGGCUAUUGGAUAAAAAACAUUAGAGGCCUCAAAAAAACAAAACAACUAUUAUCCAAGUCUGUUUCUCGAUCGAACCCACCCAAAAUAUUUGAAUUGAACUAAAUUCUAUGUUUAUCGACUUAAUCCAACCCAAUGUCUCCCAUGUUUUAGUUCCUGAUACUUACUCAUUCACACUGUAGCAACAAACAACCAACCAACAAACCCACACUACGCCAAGCACCAACAAGAAUCUGGAUGCAAACAAAAUGUUUGUGAUUGGUUAGGUGGAGAAUGCUGGACUUCUCCUCCACGAGGAAAGCUAAGGUUAGUAAUACUUGUAAUGAACAUGUAAAGGAUAAAGUAGCUUUGCUGUCACAUUGUUCAGAUGACCACCCGACCCCUUUACGGUUAAAGACCACGUCCCACAGCCACUAUGUGAAUUUUGCACAUUUUCCAUGUAUGACGUUUCUGUCUUUUGUGAUACGUUGUGAUGUACGUAAUUCGUAAGUGUUUCUUGCGUUCGUCAUGCAUGGAUGUACAUCGAGGAUUUCGGCCGAGGGGUCUUUACACGAAUUCUGCUUUGAGCCGUUCAAAUUUUUUGGUCGGUUGAGAAUUGCGCAGUUUAUGCGUGUUUUACGUUGGUUAUAUGCAAUUAUUCUAUAACUCUUGUGCAAUUUGGGCGGGAGUUUUGCGAGAUGCAUACACAAAGUUGCGUCAUUCCAUGACCGUUUCCCGUAUGUCUAAUGGACUUUUCAUGUAUUUACCACCAAUCCAUAACUUUUAUGUCAUGUAUGCGGCGCACAUAUCACGUACAAUAUACGUAAUGGACGCACAGAUUUUGGGCCAGAUUUGGAUUUUACGUUGAUUUUUGUGUUCUUUGUGUGGUUUCUUUGUACUUACUCAGUGGUUUUGACAUGGUUCCUUCGUAUUGCAUAUGUGAAUAUUUUACAUGAAAGGACCACAACUUUUCUCACUUUUUAGACGUGUAUAUUCACAUAUGACCAGUUUUCAUCCGUGCAAUUUGGGCAAAAUGUGCGUAGUGGCUGUAUGACCCGACCUUGAGGAAGAGUUUGGUGCAAAGGCACGUUCUGAGUCAGUGCAAAGUCAAUCCACCCGUUUUAUGAUCAGCUAAGACAGCAGCUAUCCAGAAAAUUAAAGAUCUUGCUUUUUUCGUCCAUCUUCUACAUAAAGUCCUCCUAUAGCCCAACAGUUUUCAGUAGACAUCCAAAACGUUUUCAUCCAAUAUGGUUGGAUAGGCCAAUGUGUGAAUUCCCUAUCCAUUAAAACCCAGAGGACACAUAAAAAGGCACAAUUAACCAAAGUAACCCAGUUUCUAAUCCAGGUUAAUAUGUUAUUGGUAAUAAAGAAAAAUCUGUGCUAGUAAUGUCUGGUAAUUGGGACAGUAGAGUAGGAAGCGGUAAGAUGAAUUACGCUGAAUUGUCAUGGUUCGGUCAAAUGCACACAUCAGUGAUGAACUUGAAAGUCUGUGUUCCUGUUGUUUCUGUUCUUUUGUAGCAUCUCUGUCAUGAUGAAAUCCGUUUUGUCAUGUCUGAAAAAUACUGGACAUCAGUCAAAGUGUUUACAUGUACCGAUUAGCAUGAAGUGACCACUUUAGUGUCAGUUUUGCAGAGACGUUUUUCUAACUGAACUCACAACAGGACUUUUAACAUUAAAAACACCAAACAGAUACCUUUAUACGGUUUUCAUGUUAUGAUUCAUUUAAUGAAAGAUAAUCUGUAUGUACCAACAUUCUUUCUGGAACAUGUGUGUUUUUCUUACAUGUUGUUUUUCCUGGGUGACGUGUAAUGGAAUGAGUGUCUUUAGAAAAGCCUGUUCUGCAGUCAGUGCAGCGUCCGUAAGGAGGGAGAGAAAUGUUUGGUGUUGUUGGUUCUGGAACGAGCUCAGGAUGUACGUUUUCAUUAUUUCUGUAUAUAUGUUGCUGUAUUUGUUCGGAGAGUCUGUUAAAGUGUGACGCUUCUGCGUCCGCAGCUGCUCGGCUUAAACAUCGUGACCAUAAAAGCUUUUGAUUGCUUUUCAAUUUGAUUAUCAAAAUGGUAAAGUCUUUUUCUUACAGUAAAUGAAUGUAAAAUCAUUUCCAUCACGAUGUUCUUAUUGUUGUAAGACAAUUUAUUUUUGGCAAUAAAUCUGUAUAAAGAGA